ACAACGUGGCCUGCUACCGUGUCCUUCGGGGAGCGCUUUUCAAGAAUUGAACGAGAACUCACAUUACGUCCCGCUGUCUUCUAUCUCGAGCACUACGAUAAAUACCAGCUGGCCCAUCACUGUAUGUGCCUGGCUCGGAUCUCUCAACGGAACAUCAGCUGCUUCCUUCUCAACCUCAUACUACAGAAAUCAUGGCCGCUGCUCUAGACGCUGUCCUCGCCAAGUACACCGCCUCUGGCGAAGACACAAAGGAUAAGCUGCUAGGCGCCUCAUUCAUCGUCAUUAACAAAGAUGAAACCCUAUACAGCAACGCAGCAGGUCGCCUUGACUUUCCCACCGAGGCGCGCCCCUGGGAACUCAAUACGUUCACCUACGUCGCAUCACUCACCAAGGCCAUCACUUCCACCGCCGUCAUGCAGCUAGUCGAGCAAGGCAAGCUCCGGCUCGACGACGACAUGCGCAAGAUCGUGCCCGAGCUAGGCGACAUGCAGAUCCUCCACGGCUUCGACGAAGACGAGAAGCCUAUCCUAGAGGACAACACCACGCCUAUCACACUCAGAAUGCUACUCACCCACACCGUGGGCCUGGGAUACGACUUGAUGCCAGACCUCCAAAAAUGGUCCAAAUCCACCGGCCGCACCGUGACAAACCUCUCAGGUACACUCGAAGGCUUCAAAACACCCCUGUUCUUCGUCCCAGGAGAAGGGUGGUACUACGGCACGGCCACCGACUGGGCAGGCCAAGCCCUGGAGCGCGUCACAGGCACAUCCUUGAGCGCCUACCUCGCCGAGCACAUUUUUGGCCCGCUCGGAAUGAAAGAUACGGGCUUCUGGCCAGACAAAAUGCCGCACGUCGCCGAGCGGACCGCCGCAUUCCAAAUCCGCGGUAGCGACGGAUCGUCUCUUAGUCCGGGAUCUAGUCCGCGCAAUGUCAGUCCCAGCGCCAUUGACAGCGGCGGCGCAGGUCUAUGGACCACCGCCAAAGACUACAGCAUCUUCCUCUCCGCGCUGCUGAAUAACAUGCUCGUGAAGAAGGAGACGGCAGACGAAAUGUUCCGGCCGCAGCUUGACGAGCGACAGGCGAGACAAUUCGAGAAGCUCACGGCUGAAUGGGGCGGAUCGCUGGCAGUGGAGUUUGAGCUGGACAUGGAGCUGAAUCACGGGCUGGUCGGGUGUAUCAACAUGCGUGACGUGCCGGGGAAGCGCAAGAAGGGGAGUCUGCAGUGGAGCGGCAUGUGUAACAGUCACUGGUGGUUGGAUCGGGAGACGGGCGUUGCUGGGGUGCUUCUUGUUCAAUCGCAGCCUCAUGCCGAUCCGGUUGUGACGAGGCUGUAUGAUGAUUUGGAGCGGGCUGUCUACGGCGAGCUUCUGAAGACAUCGUAGGCUUGUGAUGUCAGGUCUAUGCACUACCUUAUGCCAGAAGGACCUGCGAUUCGUAUCAUGAGGCAGUCUCGUCGGGCAUCUCCAUAGACUCGAGUACACUCUCCAACACUUUCCUGCACUGCCUUCUAUAGCGAUACGCCAUGAUCUGAUUCCUCGUCGCCUCGGCCUCCUCCAUCUCGAACUCGGACUGGUCCAGCCGUUCAAGCUCCUGCAGCACCUUGUGCUGGAUGAUGCCGAUCGUCUGGAACAGCAAGGGCUGCGUGGCCGCGGGGACCCGUCCAGUCAAGAUCAUCCUCAGCCUCUCCAGAUCUGCCUUGCUCCCGUCGUCGUCAUUACUACCACCCUCCGGCACCGGAAUCAUCUCGCUCCGCUGCUCGGCCGUCGUUUGCGCGAGAACGAGCUCCCACACCAUGAUAUCCUGCACAUGCCGAAACGGAGGCAAGAUCGCGUCCCCAUCGACAUCGCCAAGCAGUUGUCCAGAUCGCGCGGCCACUGAGCUCGGAUCAGACACGGGCCUCAGAGAAAUCAAAUAAUCCUUCGGCUUUUUGUUCCCUGAUGCGGCAGCCCCGGCGCCAUCACCACCUUUCUCCGCCGCGGCCUUGGCGCCACCACCGCGCUUCUGGACGUGGACGUAGUCGUUGUGCAAGACCUCCGAUUCGGGAAUGGUGAAGCCGUACGCCAGCAUGAGUUCGGCGUUGGUCUUGGUGGUGCCGUAGUUAUUGAAAACUUGCGCGCCGGGGGCGUACGUAUCCAGCGUGCGAAGGCCGACCGUAGCCUCCUCGUCCCUCACGGCAUCAUCGGACGUCUCCCACGCGAUCCGGGCAGUCGGGCUAUGGUUCCCCACGUCAAACAGGGGCAUCAGCAGAGAAAAGUCGUCGAUGGCGCAGCCCUCCGGCAGCGAGAGGGUGUGCUGCCUGUGGGCUGGGAUGACGAGGGACGGGCGGAAGCUCCGACUGGUGAAGAUGCAGUAGGCCCAGUUGUAGAGGAGGCGGGUGUAGUCGUGCCUGGCCGGGUCGUCGCCGAAGGCGGCGAGGGCGUGUUUGUAUUCGGCCUUGAGGCGGGAUUUGAUCUCGGCGAUGGCGACGUGGGCGUUUGUGUCCUCGAGGAGCUCGAUGUCGUCUGCGGGCCAGAGGGGCGGGAGGGCCCAGGCGGCGAGGUUUGUUGGCUGGGGGAGGGUUUUGAUGUAGGGGUGCCAGAAGGAGGAUGGGCCUUGAAGGUAUUCCUUGAUGAGGAAGAAGCGGCUGAUGACGUGCGGUGGGACGGACUCGAGGAACGAGGAAGGGAAUGCUUGGGAGGAGGAGGAGGAGGAGGAGUCGUGAUGGAAGCCCGGGUUGGGUGUGGUGGUGGCGUUGAGGUAGGAGAGGGUCAGGGCCAGGGGACAGGUGACGACGGUGUCGCCCGGGUUGACGCCGGCGCCGUCGGGGGAGACGCGGAAGGAGUUUCCGGUGUUGGGGUCAUUGUAGACCUCGACUGACGGGUGGAGGGCGGCUCCGUGGGCCUUUGCCCAGCCGACUAGCUCAUCCAUCGUGGCUGGCUGGGCUGGCUUGAUGUGCACGUGGAGGGGGUGAGUGGAGGUGUGAGUGAGUGAACAAGUUUUUGUAUGAGUAUGAGUGUGUGAGUGAGUGGGUGUGAGUGUGAGUGUGAUUGUGUGGAUGAGAGUGAAGAUGUGAACGAAUGAGUUUAUGAGAGUGAACGUGAUAGUGACAGGGUGUGAGCUAAAAUAGCCUCUUCACGUUUUUGGCGCCGGCAAUGCGAGUAAUUCGACGUCCGGGCCUAAGCUCAAGGCACAGAUCUUGGAACUCUGGGCCCUUCUUGAGUUAGCUCGUUCUUCAGCAGAUUAGCUUGACUGGUUCUCAAUCAUCGGGCAGGCAAAAUGGUGUGUGCUGGUGUGUGUGGUUGACGUUCAGACUUUUUUUUGGGCGUUUUCUUCAGCUUCGGCGUAAGGGUCCCCGGUGUGUGCGGGGUUCAAAAAUCAAAAGCUCGGUGAAGGUGGGGGUGUGCGAGGUCAGGUACAGAGCUCUUCACCGAAAGUUGGAAACUAGUCAUAGUGGCGUCAAUAGAGUGGGAAAAUCGGUGGAGAUCGAUCAUCAGCCGUUUUCCAUCGAAUGAGGUGGCUUUCUC